AUGGAAAAGGUGGACACCACAAAGCGUUUGUCGCAGCUGCGCGAUCGCAUGCGGGAACAUAAACUUGAUGUCUACAUUGUGCCUUCGGAAGACAGUCACCAGUCAGAAUACAUUGCACCUUGCGACGCAAGGAGGGCAUACAUCUCUGGUUUCACUGGGUCCGCUGGCACGGCCGUUAUUACCCUCGAGAAAGCAGCUCUGUCGACAGAUGGACGCUAUUUCAAUCAGGCUUCGAAGCAGCUCGAUGAAAACUGGCUGUUGUUGAAGCAGGGCAUGGAAGACGUCCCCACGUGGCAGGAAUGGACUACAGAGCAGGCAGAGGGCGGCAAAACAGUCGGCGUCGAUCCCACCGUAAUUACAGCUUCAGAUGCUCGCAAACUAAGUGAGACAUUGAAAAAGAAGUCACAUGCUACACUGGUCGGGGUCUCGGAGAACCUCGUUGAUAACAUCUGGAAUGACAGGCCACCCAGGCCGGCAGAGAGAGUUAUUGUCCUCUCCGAAAAGUAUGCUGGAAAGCCUUACCAACAGAAACUCGAUGAUCUUCGCAAAGAGUUGAAGAAGAAGAAGGCUGUUGGAAUGGUUGUCUCGAUGCUUGACGAGGUCGCUUGGCUUUUCAAUCUCCGCGGAAGUGAUAUCCCAUAUAACCCUGUGUUCUUCUCCUACGCAGCUGUUACACCAAACUCGGCUACGCUGUAUAUCGACUCGGCCAAGAUCGGGUCGGAAGUGAGAGAGCACCUCGAAGGAGCAGUGGAAAUCAAAUCUUACGACGACCUCUUUUCUGAUCUCACGAGCAUCGCCGAAACAGCAGCCAUUGAAUUUCAGACCAACGGAGUCACUAAAUCCCAUCCUAAUAGACUUCUGCUCUCCAAUAAAUCGUCUUGGGCGCUAUAUCUUGGCUUGGGUGGCGAAGACAAGGUUGAAGAGUCUCGAAGUCCUAUCGCAGACGCGAAGGCUAUCAAGAAUCCCACUGAACUUGAGGGGAUGCGACAAUGCCACAUCCGCGAUGGUGCUGCGCUUAGUGAAUACUUUGCCUGGCUGGAAGGAGAACUACACAAUGGAUCAUGGGUUGACGAAGUCCAGGCGGCUGACAAGCUCGAGGCGAUCAGGUCAAAAGGGGAGCAUUUCGUUGGGCUAUCUUUUGACACUAUUUCAGCUACAGGACCCAACGCCGCCGUGAUACACUACUCGCCCGAGAGGGGGAAUUGUUCAACAAUUGAUGUAAGAGCUGUAUACCUGUGUGAUUCUGGGGCUCAAUACCUCGAUGGCACCACCGACACGACGAGGACUUUACAUUUCGGUACCCCAAGUGAUAUGGAGAUCAAAGCAUACACUUUGGUGCUCAAAGGGGUCAUUGCUCUAGACCGCGCCGUCUUUCCCAAAGGCACGACAGGAUUCGCCAUCGACGCGUUCGCUCGCCAACAUCUGUGGCGUGAGGGACUUGACUACCGGCACGGCACUGGUCAUGGAGUGGGUUCCUACCUCAACGUCCACGAAGGCCCUAUUGGAAUUGGCACGCGCGCCGCAUAUUCGGAAGUCUCGCUUAGUAUCGGCAACGUCAUCUCCGACGAGCCAGGAUAUUAUGAAGACGGCAACUUCGGGAUCCGGAUCGAGAACAUGAUCAUGGCUUGUGAGGCCAAGACGAAUCACAAGUUUGGAGAUAAGCCCUGGAUCGGGUUUGAACAUGUGACUAUGGUGCCCAUGUGCAGGAAAUUGAUUGAUCCAAGUCUCUUGGACCCGGAGGAGAGAGCGUGGUUGAAUGCGUAUCAUGAGGAGGUGUGGGAGAAGACCAGUGGGUUUUUUGACAAGGACGAGAGAACCACGAAGUGGUUGAGGAGGGAGACUGCCCCGAUUUGA